AUGAUUUCGCCGUAUAUCGACACGUUAGAAGUGCGUUAUCCUAUAUUGAUAGCUUUAACAAAUAAUUCUAUGCAAGAUGAAAUAAUAAAGGCAUUUGCCUCUAACAAAAUAAAACGUUUAGAAAUAUUUAAUUGGGGUAACGAUCCGAAUUUACGUGACGUUGCAGAAAUCGAUGCCUUUACGGGAAUAUUUGUGAAACUGAAUUAUUUGUGUAUUAGUGGUAAACAAUAUCAGACAGAUCGUUUCAUUAAAAUCAUACUUAAAUUAAUUAAAAACUUGCGCCACUUGCGCGUAUUACAUGUACACAAGCGUCGUUACCAUCCGUGUAUGUUACCUUAUCAACAAGAUGUCGUCGAAGAGUCAUUGAAACACAGUCAAACAUUAUUUGAUAGACGUACAAUGGCAUUGAAUGCCGUGAAUGAUUCACAUCAUCAACAAGAUGAUAAUGAUCAUAAUAAUAAUACAGGUGAUCGAAGUAGCAUUAUUACUAAUGCGAAUGCUCAAACAGAUCCGUGCGAUCUAAAUAAUGGAGAUGCGUGCGAUCGAGAUUAUACAGAUGAUAGUGAUAAAAAUUUUACAAUAUCAGAUAUAUCGGUUGAUGAUAAUAAUCGUGCUCCAGAUAAUACUGAAUCAGAUAAUCAACAUUCAAAUGAUACACACUAA